UACAGUAGGYGGCGGUGUAUGCACYUCACGUUUGCGAUCCGGCAAUACAAAUGUAAAGAAGAAGAAUAACGUCCGUUUCCUAUUGUUCCAUGUGGUAGUACUGAGAUAAAACCUAACUACACCUUGCCUGUAAAGUUGUACUAUUUGGAGUUGAUAAAAAAAUAUAUAUUUGAAACAAUCGGAGAAUUCACAACACUCGUGUGGGGAACUAAAAAUGCAGCACGACGAUGUUAUCUGGGAUAUCAUAGGAAACAGAGCGUUCUGUUCCUUCAAAGUCAAGACAAAGGUUCAGAACUUCUGCCGGAAUGAAUACAAUAUAACUGGACUUUGUAAUAGGUCAUCCUGCCCACUAGCAAACAGUCAGUAUGCAACUAUAAGAGAGGAGAAAGGUCAAUGUUUCUUAUAUAUGAAGGUUAUUGAGAGGGCAGCCUUCCCUGCCCGGAUGUGGGAGAAGGUGAAACUUAGUAAGAACUAUGAGAAGGCUCUGGAACAGAUUGACCAGAACUUGAUCUAUUGGCCCCGUUUCAUCAGACACAAAUGUAAACAGCGCUUCACCAAGAUCACACAGUACCUCAUCCGUAUCCGCAAGCUCACGCUCAAACGACAGAGGAAACUGGUCCCCCUUAGCAGAAAGGUGGAGGCAAGAGAGAAAAGGAAAGAGGAAAAGGCCCUGAUUGCUGCACARCUUGAUAACGCAAUAGAGAAAGAACUGCUGGAGAGACUGAAACAAGGAACGUAUGGAGACAUCUACAACUUCCCCAUCCAUGCCUUUGAUAAGGCACUGGAGCACCAGGAUGAGGAGAGUGAGACCGACUCAGAGGAGGAGGAGGAGGAUGAUGAGGAUGUUGGAAAGAAAGAAUUUGUCGCUGAGGAUGAAAUAGAAGAGAGCGAUCUCAGUGACUUUGAGGACAUGGACAAUCUGAAGGCAGGCAGCGAUGAACAGGAAGAAUCCAGUGAAGAGGAUGAGUCUGAAGAAGAGAUGGAAGAGGAGACUGAGGCCUCAGGCUCCAAAGGAAAGAUGCCCCUCAAAGGCGCUGUAUUCAAGAAGAAAAGGGCCUACGUGGAGAUUGAGUUUGAACAGGAGACGGAGCCUGUCCCCAAAAGCAAGGCAACAUAGUCAGACCUCCUCUGACAUGGACUCUAGGCCUUUCUUAGUUUGGGAGGUUAACCUGGUUAUGUUGUCUGGAAGGAUUACUACUGGAAGGCAUCAAGCCUUUUGGUUCUUUGAGCUGUCAAGAAUGUUUUGCCUAAUGGGACUGUACUUCCAGUAAUUUGUCAAUGUAUCACUCCUGGGUGGAUUAUGAGACGGGGCGUAAUCCUGUGAUCAAGCUUGACCCCACUAAAUUGUCACCCAUGUAUGCAAUUUCAAAUGAUUUGCUGUCUUAGAUUCAGUUUUUCCACCGACAGGUCCUCUUCUGCCCAUUUGUUCAAAUUAAUAAAUCUCAAUGCCGAGUAGCCUGACAAUGUAAUGUCUUCAACCUGGCUGAAAAAAAUGACWGUUUCUGCUGUUUGAUAAAGAAUGACUUGCCAGCUCUCAA